AUGGCGAAGGAGGGACAGGGCUGGAGAGAGGGCUGGGCUGGAGAGAGGGCUGGGCUGGAGAGAGGGCUGGGCUGGAGAGAGGGCUGGGCUGGAGAGAGGACAGGGCUGGAGAGAGGACAGGGCUGGAGAGAGGACAGGGCUGGAGAGAGGGCUGGGCUGGAGAGAGGGCUGGGCUGGAGAGAGGGCUGGGCUGGAGAGAGGGCUGGGCUGGAGCUGGGUUAUUUGUGUUAUUAUCCUCAAUUAAAUGUAUAGGGCCAUGUAAUCUGCUUAGACUUUAGCACUAGUUAUAGCAAGAGAUCACUGGUCACUUCAAAUAGUGAGGAAAGACUAAGUGUGCCACAUAAUGUGAUUUACACACGAUGGCUUACACUGUAAAAGCACCAGGGCUGUCCCCGACAAACAAACAAAAAUCUUGGUCGAUCGAGAGUCGAAUAUACACCCAUCGUAUGCGUUUUAAUCAAAUCAACUAUAUGCACUGAGCUUGUCUGAUGCUUUUAAGCGCAGUUUGAUAAAAUAAUUAAGAUACACAAAUGACAAGAGGGAGUUCGACCGUGAUUGAUUUGAUUGUGCUCAGACUUGCUGCGCUGUGUUAAAAAAAAUAUGACAGCGAGUGACUAUGUGACUAGCACCCGUUGACGCUCUCUCCUCCAUGCUGCAGUGACCACUGCAGAACUUCAGCAUUGUUUAUCACGCUGUCCAUGUUGCUGAACCUGCAACAUAAUUAAAGCCAUUUCUGACUGAAAAGUUCUGUUACCGAAAUCCCUCAUUUGUUUAGGAAAAACAUUCCCUAUUCCCUCAACCCUUACUCUCUUUACGUGACACAUGUAUGCAUUGCAUGCACGUGACCAAUAGGGCCUGACCUAUAGCAUAUCAUAAUCACAUCAAUAAAUUGGUUGUAUCAAACUCUGAACACAUAUGACACAAAUGGAUGCAGAGGAUGUGACAAAUAAACUCGAAAUGGGGGAAUGUUUACUCGUUGCUCAGGAGGUAAAGGGGAAGUCGGAUGUGCAGAACAAAUUUGAAUAGUUGUGGAAAAUACUAGAAAUCAAGAAAAAGAAGGUAAGGAGUAAGCGCUGCGUCAUAUUAUGUGUGCCAAACAGGUGCUGUUAGAUUACAAUAUCAUUUUUCUGACCAUUUGGAACAAUGUAAACAACACUAAAAUUAUAAGCGUACCAGAGAGUCUGUUGUAACGUUUUUUUUUCUUUUUUCUGUAAAGCCUUUAUUACAGCAAAGACUAAAAACAUUCACAUUCAUUCGUGAAUGCAAUUUCCAAAAAGGUGCGGUUUUAUUUAUUGUUUAUGCUAAUUAUUCAAGGGUCGUUUUAUUUGAUUUUAAAACGAAAAUGCUUGGUUGCAUUUCAAAUCAUGAAUGACUCAUAUGCUGUGUGAUUACAGGAACGAAUGAAUGAUUGAUUGAUUGAUUGAUUGAUUGAUAGAGUAGCCUAUAUAAGUAUUGAAAUAUAGGCUUAAGUAAGUUAUGGUAUUAAGACUAAACAGGAUGUGCUCUUUGGCCUACAGCUCGAUGGUGGUUAUCCAAGGCUGCUAUACUAAGCCUACUAAUGAUAAUGUCAUUACUUAUUAUUAUAAUGAUGAUCAUAAUAGUAAAAAUAACAAUAAAAGGAGGGUUAUUAUAAAUAAAAAAAUUCGGACAAUUUGGAAGAGUGUAAACAACACUAAAUAAAUUUAAGAUGGUCCUCUGUAGCUCAGCUGGUAGAGCACGGCGCUUGUAACGCCAAGGUAGUGGGUUCGAUCCCCGGGACCACCCAUACACAAAAAUGUAUGCACGCAUGACUGUAAGUCGCUUUGGAUAAAAGCGUCUGCUAAAUGGCAUAUUAUUAUUAUUUAUUAUUAUAAGUAAUACCAGAGAGGCUGUUUUAACGUGUAAAGCCUUUAUUACAGCAUAGCAAAGAUUUAAAAACAGCCGAAUUUGUGAAAUUGUUUAUCCGACAUGUUGUGGUUGCUGAGGCUUGGUACUCACGGAAUCAAUAGGCUAUUAAACAAACACUCAAACAGAAGCAGGAUCUGUCUUAUUUCCGUAAUUAUAUAUAUGGAUGAUUUAUAGAGUCAGGUACAUUGAUUAUAGACCUGAUUAAGUUGGCGUUUCCGCUCUCCUCACUUUUCUUAAACAAUUAAGGCAAGUGCUGUUUUCUCUUCUCCUAACUCCGCUGCUGCCUCUGCCGCAUUGUUCUCAACACCAUUAUGCUGGUUAACUUUGCUAUUAUGCACAUACUGUAGCAACAUGGUCUAGGAAAAGGCACCAAUUCAACAGCGCACUGAUGUUUCAGGACAGCGACCGCUAUCCAACGCGGGAGAAAGCACAUUUGUUAUAAAAUAAUAUUAUUUUGUAUUAGUGUUGCACCAUUGUUCCUACGUAAUAUAACUAUAUACAAUUUCAGUAGCACAUGUCUUAGUGAUGGACUGUGCCAUCCCCACGGCUUCCACAAUGGAUCAGUCCACUCAGACAGGCGCAAAUCAGACAGGUGUCUUAUACACCAUGAAAUAUUUUGGUUUUGCUACUGCUCGACUAAAAUCUUGGUCGACCAAACAAUCGACCAGUCGACUAAAGGGGGUCAGCCCUAAAAAGCACUCUCUUGUCUUUGUAGAAAUUGUUUUUCCUGGUGACUUGAAAUGGUCAGGCUGGCCAUCAAUAAUGUGCUCUCCAUUUCUAACCCUCGUCUCUUCCUCCCCUGGUCCACAGAGAAGAAGGAGGUGACUCAGAGUCUGGAGAACUACACGUCUAAAUGUCCAGGAGGAAUGGAGGUUCUCACCCUGCCUGAUGGACUCAAACUGCCCCCUGUACCCUUCACCAAGCUACCCAUAAUCAGGUACGUCAGUCAAUCAAUCAUAUUUAUAAAGCUCUUUUUCAUCAACUGUUGUUAGGCAAGUCAGUCAAACGCUGUGAGUGCUCUGGGUCGUGAUCAUUAGGCACAAAAUGGAAGAAAACGCUUUGAAACGGAGAGAAAUGGGGGCGUACGAUCUGACCUUGUCCAAUAAGAAACGCUAGUUUUCCAUUGCAAAAUGCUUUGCUGCGGUGUGCCCUAAUGAACACAACCCUGCUGUCUGAACUCGUAUUCUGAUUGAUCUAAUCAAUGUACCAAUGAGCUCGUCAUAGUUACGACACUGUUCUAACAUCGUGUAACUGCUACUCUGAGUGGCGUGAUUAAUCAAUAGACAAAAUGUCCUCCCUCUCAACAAUGUCAGGUAUUUGUGACGGUGGUGUAAUGAUUGAAAUGUAGCUGUUGUCCUCCCUCCUCCCCCCCUGGCCCAGAACACAGAGUUAUAGCUGUUUGAGAUCUAAGUGCACAUUUUACAUGACACUGAUUUACAGAAGCAUCUACUUGUAAAUGUAUUUAUGGUGAAAUAUGACUUGUUUAUGUUUCAGUAAAAGUCAGUCAUAUAAACAGAAAUGAACACCACUGUUAAAUAGGCCUGGCUUGGCUAGUCUGGGGCUCUUUUAAAUAUUAGGCCUGGCUUGGCUAGUCUGGGGGCUGUUUUUGCAACACCAUGUUUAGUGGUCCAUGCUUGGCUGUUGAAAAGAGCUGAAGCUUUGUGCUUUUUGGUCGAAGGAGUUGGUCAAUUGUUUCUGUUUGAGUUGGCCAUUUUUUAUUGAUACAUUCUGAGUGAAUUUCUUUUAUUUAGCCAGGUUAGUUAUUGAGAAGAAAAUAGUAUUGUGCACUUUUAAAAGGCAGCUUAGUGUUUAGGUUACAGUACGUUCACUCAAAACACCACUCAGAAUGCUGUCUAUCUUUUAUAUGAACUUUUUCUCCCUGUUUUCUAUCUUCUCCGUAUCCAUCUCCCCCUCUUUCUGUGGUGGCAGUGCCAUUAGUAGGGCCAGGAGAGAUGGAGGACAAUCUGUACAGUUCAUGUGUGAGUGUGGAGAUAGGUGAAUGUCUGGCUACUCAGAGAGGUGAUAAGUGCUGUGUCCACUAGCUCCAAUUCACACCUCCAGAAUGCUUUGCUCAUUAAAUGGCCUGGGCUAAGAAUCUCAGGAUGAAAUUCACCAAUUCUACUGGAUUUAUGUUCUGCUGCCAUGUGAUUGGCAGAGGUGUGUGUGUGUGUGUGUGUGUGUGUGUGUGUGAUUGGCUCAGGUCACCAUGCCAAAAGCCACCUCAUUUUCUCUCUCAGGACCUUUAAUGGAGAUGGCUGUUGAGAUAAAAGAAACUAUUUAUCUUUCUCUCUGCCUCCUUCGCUCCUUCGCCAUCUCCCGUCCCUUGACAAACGUCUUGACAAACGAUCUGGCCUUAAUGGCCACAUGUACUCUUAAAUCUCCACCCCGGCACAGCCAGAAGAGGACUGGCCACCCCAUCAGAUCCUGGUUUCUCUCUAGGUUUUCUUACCCACCCCGGCACAGCCAGAAGAGGACUGGCCACCCCUCAGAUCCUGGUUUCUCUCUAGGUUUUCUUACCCACCCCGGCACAGCCAGAAGAGGACUGGCCACCCCUCAGAUCCUGGUUUCUCUCUAGGUUUUCUUACCCACCCCGGCACAGCCAGAAGAGGACUGGCCACCCCUCAGAUCCUGGUUUCUCUCUAGGUUUUCUUACCCACCCCGGCACAGCCAGAAGAGGACUGGCCACCCCUCAGAUCCUGGUUUCUCUCUAGGUUUUCUUACUAGGUCCCUGCCUUUUAGGGAGUUUUUCCUAGCCACUGUGCUUCUGCAUCUGCAUUGCUUGUUCUUUAGGGUUUUAGGCUGGGUAUCUGUAAAGCACUUUGUGACAACUGCUGAUGUAAGAAGGUUCUUUAUAAAACAAAUUUGAUUGAUUAAUUGGUUCUCCCCUCCUACAGAUCUGUGAAGCUGCUGGACCUGCCCAUCAGCCUGCGCCCCCACAAACAGAAAGGCCUUCUGGGAAACAACAUGUCCACUAAGAGUCCCUUCAUCUACUCUCCCAUCAUUAUGCACAACAGAGGAGAGGAGCGCAACAAGAAGAUA